AGAACGCUCGCUUAGCACUGAGUUAAUUUUUUUUUCUUUUUUUCUUUUUAUAUUUUAUUCACACUAGUACCUAAACAAAGUAAAGUAAAGGUUGUUUCUGGUUACGUACUAUUGAACUUGCUACACCACCUCGGAAUAAACAGUGCGCACUACCAGACGUAUCUGUUUGUAAGGGCUGUUGGAUCAGGGUGUCUUAUUUAGAAGGUUAUUUAUUAUCUACCUGGUAUUCAUAAAUGAGAAUAGACUUGUUGCUAGAAUAUUUUAUAGUAUGACAUCUCCGAAGAAUAGGGAGUCUUUGGUUGGUUGAUAUUAAAAGUAGUGACCUUACUGACGAUCAUGGCACUGGCCUAACUUGGGCUUAUUCACAUCUUUCGGCGAUACCUAUUCAACGGAGAUACGAGCCGACGUCAUACUUAUAUUAUACAUUUACUUAUACUAAUAAGACCAUGCAUAUUAAUUCAUUUAGAGUUCUGCCAUUAACAACGGAGGAAAUAUAAUUGGCCAUAGGUAUUUCAAAUAUUGUGUCCACGGCGCGGUCCGAGAACUUGCAUCUUAAGCUUAAGCCCGGGCCGCCGAUCUCGGCACCAAUUCGGCCGUCAAGUCCGGAACUUGGCACGAUUCGAAUAUGAAAAAAAAAAAGAGAAAAAAAAAUUAACUACCUACCUAGACUGGACGUCAUUGUUCCUUGGAAUAAAAUUAUCUUGUUUCCCUCCUCCCCUCUUUAGACUCUGAUGUAGCCCAGCCCGUACGAUGGCGGCUGACCUCAAGCAGAAGCCGGCUGAGACCAACAAAAACUAUAAGGGUUUCGUGGCUGGCGUCUUUUCCGGCAUCGCCAAGCUAUCGGUCGGCCACCCCUUCGACACGGUCAAGGUUCGUCUGCAAACCACCGACCCGACGCGCUUCAGCGGGCCGCUGCAAUGCGUGGUGCAGACGAUCCGCAACGAGGGCGUGCGCGGGCUGUAUAAAGGCGCGACGCCGCCCCUCGUCGGCUGGAUGUUCAUGGACUCCGUCAUGCUCGGCUCGCUGACCGUCUACCGCCGCCUGCUCGCCGAGCACGUCUUCCACCGGCAUCUGACGCCGCAUUCCCCUUCCUCGCCGCCGCCGCCCGUCGACAACAACAAGAACAACACCCGGCCCGAGGAAGAGGGCCCCAUCGCCGCGACCUCCCACGCCGCCGCGCACCUGCCGUCCUACGGCCACGGGCUCGCGGGCAUUCUGGCCGGCUGCACGGUGAGCUUCAUCGCGGCGCCCGUCGAGCACGUCAAGGCGCGCCUGCAGACCCAGUACUCGGCGAAGAAGAGCGAGCGGCUGUACGCGGGGCCCGUCGACUGCGCGCGCAAGAUCUACGGCGCCCACGGCGUGCGGGGGGUCUACAAGGGGCUCUUCUCGACGCUGCUGUUCCGGUCCUUCUUCUUCUUCUGGUGGGCGUCGUACGACGUGCUGUCGCGCCUCCUGCGGGACCGCACCAGCCUCGGCGCCCCCGCGGUCAACUUCUGGGCCGGCGGGCUGAGCGCCCAGGUCUUCUGGCUCACGAGCUACCCGAGCGAUGUCGUGAAGCAGCGGAUUAUGACGGACCCGUUGGGUGGGAAGCUUAAUGAUGGGACGCCGAGGUUUAGGAGUUGGUUGGAGGCCGCGCAGGCUGUAUAUAGAGAGGGUGGUGUUAAGGGGUAUUGGCGUGGGUUUCUGCCGUGCUUCUUGAGGGCGUUCCCUGCUAAUGCUAUGGCUUUGGUAGCCUUUGAAGGUGUUAUGAGAGCAUUGCCAUAAUAUACGAUAUACCACGCAUUUACGAAGUUACGCUACUAGUUAAAGGAUUGGAAAGUAUGUAUAAAUCAAAUCACAUGGGCGAGUCAGUUGAGGUUAUACAUUGUUGGCAAUGGCGAUUUUAUUCCGGAGAAUUCAAGUCUAUGUUGUCAUGCAUAGAAUUGAAGUGCCUGUCCUACGCAUAGUCCCUGCACAAUCGCCAAUAUCCGCCAUGGGUCAUGAUUCCGGGUCCAUUUAGUCCUCAUCC